CAGCAAAUACUCUCGCGCGCGCCGUGCACGCUUCUUUUGCGAGGUAGGCUUGAGCUACAUGAGCUGCGUGAGACGACGUGCUGCAUAACUGUUUAGGAAGUUUGGCCUUCUCGUUCUCUUAAAAUAUUUUUUUUUUUACAUACAGUAGUUGAUAUGGCUUUCAAGAAAGGUCCCGCACAAGCUCAGAAGUCUGGCUCGAAAAGUGUCGGUCAGGCUGGAAAGAAGGCGCCUCCCACAAAGAAACCGCUGGCAGCGAGUCUGGAUGAUGACGACGACGAUUUGGAUGAGGAAGACGACGAUUUUUCAAUGGACGAAGACUCUGAUCUCAGCGGAGCUGAUGAAGACUUAGACGAUGAAGAGGUUGAUGAUGAGGAGCUCGAUGACGAAGAGCUAGAUGAUGAAGAACUUGACGAGGAGUCUGAAGAUGAGGACGUGCCAGCUCCGAAGGCCACAAAACAAGAAUCUGCUGCAACAAAGGCACAAGGUCAGCAGCAGAAAAGUCCUGUGAAGCAGUCACCACAGACGCCAAAGGAGAAAGUUCCUGUGGUGGCAGCUGUCAAUGGCAAGCGUAAGGCAGAGUUUGAUGCAGGAUCCUCUCCGGCAAAGAAAAUUCGAUUAGAAGAUCACAUUCCAGCAUUUUUUGUCGUUGACUAUGAGGAACGAGACUUGCGUGAUGUCAAGCUGACUUCAUUUCCUGAUGGGGUCACGAAGGAUGAUCUCGAGAAGCUCUGCAAGGGUGGCCAUGUAGUUCGACAAAUACACCAAAACAAGAAACUUGUGUGUGCUUUUGUGAACUAUGCCAACAAGGAAGAAGCUGUGGCAGCUGUGCACUCACUGCGAGGGGCUAACCUAAAGGGAGCUGCCAUCAAGGCUUCCUAUUGUGGUGGACGAUGGAACAGCCCAGCGCGCCCUCAGCUUCAGCCCGACACAUUGGAUAUACGCAGAGUGCCUAAAGCGUACCAAAACAAGAAUAAGCUGGCUGCCCUAUUCCCCACAGGCGAAGUGCUCAAGGUGCAGAAGGAUGGCUAUGCCCAGGUGAAGUUCCCAUCCAGUGAAGCACUGAUCAAAGCGGUCAAGAAUCCAAAGUGCCGGACAAUUGAUAACAGAAAUCUGACGUUCGCCAUUGCACUUGUUCCCAAGUGGAAACAUAACAAGCCUGCCGUCGAGACAAGUCAGAAUGCUGCCGUUAGCCCAAAGAACAGGAAGGCAGGCAGUCUGGAAACAGAAGCAGGCAAGAGUACUGCAAAAGGCCAGACCUCCAGCAAGCAGCCUGGUGGCCCCAUUCAAAAGGGCUCUCCCCAAACUCCUGCCCAGAAGAAGCAGCGACGGAAGAAGUCUAAGUCGCCUGGUCAGCAAGGGGGACCCAUGACACCUGGGCAGCAAGGGGGACCCAAGACACCUGGUCAAAAGGGGGGACCCAAAACACCAGGGGGAUCCAAGACACCUGGGCAUCAGGGAGGACCCAAGACACCAGGGGGACCCAAGACGCCUGGGCAGCAGGGAGGACCCAAGUCACCUGGGCAGCAGGGUGGACCCAAGUCACCUGGGCAGCAGGGUGGACCCAAGACACCUGGGCAGCAGGCAGGACCCAAGACACCGGGGCAGCAGGCAGGACCCAAGACACCGGGGCAGCAGGCAGGACCCAAGACACCUGGUCAAAAGGGGGGACCUAAGACACCUGGACAGAAAGGGCCGAAGACACCAGGACAGGCAAAAGGAGGUGCCAAGACACCCAAGGGAACACCUUUCCAGAAGACACCAGGAAUGAAAGGAACUCCAGUCAUAGCUUGAGAGGGUUGGGGACCAGUGUUUUUAACAACUGUGAAUAGAGAAGGGGCUAAAGGGAGGGCGGGGCAGGGUGGGGACAGGGGGCACAUUUUUGCAGUGUAGAGUUCAGCGUGGUUCACUCUCAAAGGAAGCUCCAUAUAAUUAUUGCAGUUCUCAUUUUAGCUAUAUUUUGGUAUGAAUGAAUUUUUCAUCAGUGCAUGUUUACCACUGCAUCAUACCUAGCACUUUUUUCUUUGAAAGUGAAGAAAAAUGUGAUGUGGCCUAAGUACUGACUAGGUGUUGCCUUUUUGAGUGGACCAUACUGAACAUUGCCAUAAUCACUCGGCGUUAUUAAUAUGAUUGAUACAGCCUGCCAUAUUCACAUCAUGUUGCCGCUAAAUAAAGUAUGACCAUUCUAUGUUC